AUGUCGACAUCGCAAGGUUUGUUUCAGGUCGAGCUGACCACCCAGGCCCCGCGGGUGCCCAUCGGCGCAGGAGGGGCGCAGGAUCUGUUCGGUAUACCGCCGAUCCUACUUGUGGGUAUCUUCAUCCUCGUUUGCCUCGUCUGCCUCUCGGCACCGCUGCUUUACUGGUUCAGGAGGCAAAGCAACCUCAGGAAGGAGUACAUCCCAAGGGAGCCCCCGAACUUCAAGGGCUUCACGCAGGAAAUCGUGCGUGAGGCAACAGCCAGCGGUGCGCUGCAGCAAAGCCGACUGGGGCGAAGCUGA